UUCCUGGCCGCGCCGGGGUGAUGACGGGGCCCUCCUAGCUGCCGCCCCUCCCCCACAUGGGCUUUAGCUUGUGAGUGCGUUAGUGCGUGCGUGGAUAAUAAAGUGCAUAAUGGAGAUAAUGGAGGCGACUGAGGAGGUGAAUUUGACCCCUCAGGAACUGCAAGUCUUGUCGGAACUGGAUAGUCGCAAGUUCGGUUUUGUGAAAUUGAACGAUCCCGCAAACGCCAAAAAGAGGGCGCUGGUGUUGAAGGCGGUGCGCUACCUCGAGAGCCUCAUCAUCCACGCCAACAACAGCAAGAACAACAACAAUAACAACAACAAAACCAACAACAACAACAACAAUAACACCAGCAACAACAACAACAGCAAAAACAUAAAUGGUGGCAGCGGUGGGAUCGAUGGUGGUGGUGGUGGUGGUGGUAAUAGUUGUAGUAGUAGUAAUAGUAGUGUUAAUAGUACGAGUUGUGAUGGUGGUAGUGGUGGUAAUGGAGGUGGUGAUGGCAGUGGUGAUAAGCACGCAUCACCAUCACCACCCAACACCACCACCACCACCUCCACGAACGCUUCCUCACCACCGCUGUCCACCACAAACACCACCACCACCACCACGUCACCAAACUUCACCUUACACAUCAAAAAAGACCCGGAUCAGCCACUCCACACCACAGACACCACCACCACCACCACAACCAUCACCACAGACACACUUAUAGAAGGGGUGACCCAAGUCUUUGGCGAGUGUGACCCAACCCAAACCAUUGUGGCCCCAGCGUCCACCACCACCACAACAACCAGUACCACCAUCACCCCCGCCUCCCCCACCACCACAACCACCACCACCUCGUCCUCCACCUCCACCACCACCUCCAACAAUGGUGAUGACCCUCCUGCCUUGGCCAUUGAGCCGAGGACCUAUUGCAAGCUGGGUCAUCUUCACCUAUUGCUUGAGGACUACCCGAAAGCCAUGUCCGCGUACCAGAAGUUCUACAACCUGCGUCCCAACGAUUACUGGAAGGACAGCGCCUUUCUCUACGGGCAGGGCCUCGUCUACUUCCACUUCAACGCCUUCCAGUGGUAAGUACCGACCGGGGGGUGACGGGGCAG